AUGUACAGCUCUUUUCCUGCUCCGGAAGUCGGCGUCCGUGGCACUUUUAAGGUAGACACGUUGUCCAGGCGCGCCGAGCGGGCGAGGACGGCUUUCGAACCCGAACUUCGCGACCAGCCUCUUGGCGCCGCAAGAGCCGCGAACCGGAGGCCCAGUGGCGGGACUUGUGCUUCUGGCUGUCGGCAGGACGACCGAAACAGGGCAUUUUUUGCCACGGAACCAUGUUGA